AAGGUCAUAGGUUAAAGUGUGCGAAACAAAAGUUCGAGAAGAAAUUGGGUAAAGCAGUGGAAAAACAAAGGAUAAAAUUUAAGAAAUAGCAGCAUGGUUGAGGUUUUGUCGGCAUUCGUUGAUAAAAUAUCUAUUCCUCAAGGAGGCGAUAAGAUAUAUAAAGAUGAAUGUACAUAUUCGUUUGAAAAUCCGGAGAGUGAAAAUGGAUUAUAUGUGUGUAUGAAAACAUUCCUUGGGUUCGGUAAAGCCCAUGUUUUGCGUCAUUACAACCAGACAGGGAACCCUGUGUACCUCCAUCUGAAGACUAUAAAAAAAAAGGUAAACAAAGCACCAGAAACAGAGGAAGAAAAAGCCAAACCAACAAGGCUUGCUAUUGGGGUCGAAGGAGGAUUCACUGGUGAUGACAGCAAUCAGUAUGAGUAUGAAGAGAAUAACUCAAUUGUGCUUCUCCCCGACUUUCUGACGUUUUCUCUCCCGGAUGCUUCUCUUCCCGAAAAGGUGCAACUAGCUGUUGCUGGUAUACUCUCGGCAGAAUCUGCAUCCCGCAUGGAACAAGUUGCAGCCUGGGAUGGAGAAAAACGUUUUAUUUCAAAACAUGCUGAGAAUUUCAAGCAGCUGGACAAUGGUGUGAAGAUACCUCCGACUGGCUGGAAGUGCGCUAAAUGUGACCUAACUCAGAAUUUGUGGGUGAACCUCACGGACGGAACUAUUCUCUGUGGACGUCGAUACUUUGAUGGAAGUGGAGGAAACAACCAUGCUGUUGAAUACUUUAAGGAGAAAGGAUAUCCCCUGGCUGUCAAGCUAGGCACUAUCACUCCCAAUGGAGCAGAUGUAUUCUCUUAUGAUGAGGAUGACAUGGUGGAAGAUCCUAAGUUGGCUGAACAUCUCUCACACUUUGGUAUCAACAUGAUGUCCAUGGAAAAGACUGAUAAAACAAUGACGGAGCUUGAGAUUGAUGCCAAUAUGAAGAUAUCGGAAUGGGAUGUCAUCCAGGAAGCUGGCAAAAAGUUGACUCCGAUGUUUGGAUCUGGCUAUACUGGAAUGCGUAAUCUUGGCAAUAGCUGUUAUAUGAAUUCUGUCAUGCAAGUUAUAUUUAUGAUCCCAGAUUUUAUAGAUAGAUAUCCAAAAAACAUGGAAACCAUUUUCUCUGAAUGUAGCAAUGAUCCUGCUUCAGAUUUUACAGUGCAAAUGGCAAAACUAGGCCAUGGCCUGUUAUCAGGUGACUACUCGAAAGAAACACUGCCGGAAGAGGGUGAAGAUGAAACCAAAGAGAAGAGCCAGGUAGGUAUUGCUCCAAGGAUGUUCAAGUCUCUGAUUGGUCGAGGUCAUCCUGAAUUUUCCACCAAUAGACAGCAAGAUGCUCAAGAGUUUCUUUUGCACUUUAUGAAUAUAGUCGAGCGAAAUACGCGUGGAUCCAGCAAUCCCUGCGAUUGUUUCAAAGUACAGCUGGAGGAUCGGAUUGAGUGCUUGCAAUCUCAACAGGUGCGAUACACAACACGUUCCGACUACAUGCUGUCUGUACCAAUUCCCAUAGAGGCGGCUACAAAUAUAGAUGAAUUUGCUGCCUAUGAGAAGAAGAAGAAAGAACUAGAAGCAAACAAAGAGUCUAUUGACCCUAAAGAGGUCGUAAGAUUACAAAUCCCAUUUACAGCUUGUUUGGAAAAGCUGACACAACCAGAAAUUAUUGAUGAUUUCUAUAGCUCAGCACUCAAAGCAAGAUCCACUGCAAAAAAAAUAACAAAAUUAGCAACUUUUCCAGAUUAUUUGAUGCUUCAUUUGAGGAAGUUCACAUUAGGUGAUGACUGGGUUCCUAAGAAACUAGAUGUAUCAGUGAAUAUGCCUGAUGACCUUGAUUUGACCUCAAUACGUGGAAAAGGUUUACAACCAGGUGAGGUAGAGCUACCAGAAGGGGACGUGCCGGCAGAACCAGAGGUUGUGAUAGACGAAGCAAUGGUGAUGCAGUUAGUGUCAAUGGGGUUUGAUUACGAAGGUUGUAAGAAGGCUGUGUACCAUACAAAGAAUCAAGGCACUGAGGCAGCCAUGAACUGGGUCCUUGAGCACAUGGCUGAACCUGACUUUACUACUCCACUUGAACUGGCAAAGAAAAAGGAUGAAUCUGGUGCUAAUCCAAGUGAUGAGAAUAUUGUGAUGAUACAGUCAAUGGGAUUUACACAACAACAAGCAGUCAAAGCACUCAAAGCUACUAGUAAUAAUGUAGAGAGAGCUGCUGAUUGGAUAUUUAGUCACCUGGAUGAAUUGAACUCAGAACCAAUGGAGACCAGUGAAGCUGGAGCAUCAUCAUCUGGUGAUCCUCAGGUUAGAGAUGGAUCAGCAAAAUACAAACUUGUUGCCUUCAUAAGUCAUAUGGGAACGUCCACUUCAUGUGGUCACUAUGUUUGUCAUAUUAAGAAGGAUGGAAGGUGGGUCUUAUAUAAUGAUAACAAAGUAGCUUUAUCUGAAAACCUUCCUCGUGAUCUUGGCUACCUGUACAUGUAUCAACGACUAUGAGAAUAAUCUGUUCAUAGUAGGUUACAGGGUGAUUUUACUCGCAUGGAACCUGAUGCUUAUAUUGACGACAAUCAAAUUGGCAGUUUGUGAUACAUUAUUAUGAGUCUGACACAUUGGUUACGAAGCUUUUUCAGCAAAUACCUAUUGCUCUUGAAUAUACUGUACUACAGUCAUGUCUUCUAGAUGAUUUUAAAAACAAUCAUUACUUUUAAAGAGUUUAGAAGCAGUAGUUGGUUCUUCCCAAUGGCCUUGGAUGAGUGUGAAAGCACCGUAUAAAACUAACCACUAUUACUAAUUGUUGUUAUAUUAUUAUUGAAAUCGAUUUAUACAAUUUCAAGAGAGUCUGACAUCACUGGUGGAUCUUUACAAGUGUGUAACACUAUUCAAGCUGAAAAUUUUGACAUGAAGGAGUUUACACAAAACUAAUAGUUUUAUGUUCAAUUAAAUAAUAACGCAAAUUUAAAAUGUUAAAUAUUAUUUACAUAUUUGUACAAAAAGUAUAAAAAUUCAAGGAAGAAAUGUAAAAGGAUGUGAUGGAAUUUACAAGGUAAACAUGUCUGUCUGUUAUAGUAUUCAAUAUGAUUAAAAAAACACAAUUAUCCGGAUAA